GCCCAGCCCCAAAGGGCACCGCGGGCGGGUCUCUGCAGCUCCCACUGCACUAGCCCCGCCGCAGGUGCCGCCCCCAACACACCGGAUCCCGCCCAAGAUCGUCUGUCUGCCGUCGGUCGGUACGUGCGUGCGCCUCGUCGGUCCGCGUGUGUGUGGCCGAGCGCCCCCUUCCUCUGCGGCCAUGACUCCGCCGCCCCCGCCGCCGCCGCCCCCACCCCCUGGCCCAGAUCCCACGGUAGACUCCGCCACAGACCCCUGCCCCGGACCCCAGUCGCUGGUCGUUUUGUUCGGGGCCACGGCGGGUGCACUGGGGCCGGACCUAGGCUCGGACGAGACCGACUUAAUUCUUCUAGUUUGGCAAGUGGUGGAGCCGCGCAGCCGACAGGUGGGGACGCUGCACAAGUCGCUAGUUCGGGCUGAGGCGGCUGCACUGAGUCCACAGUGCCGCGAGGCCAGCGGACUCAGCGCAGACAGCCUAGCGCGGGCGGAGUCCUUGGACAAGGUGCUGCAGCAGUUCUCACAGCUGGUGAGCGGGGAUGUGGCUCUGCUGGGCGGGGGCCCCUAUGUGUUCUGCACUGAUGGGCAGCAGCUGUUGCGACAGGUUCUGCACCCUGAGGCCUCCAGGAAGAACCUGGUGCUCCCGGAUACCUUCUUCUCCUUCUACGACCUCCGCAGAGAGUUCCAUAUGCAGCACCCAAGCGCUUGCUCUGCUAGAGACCUCACAGUGGGCACCAUGGCACAGGCCUUGGGACUAGAAACAGAUCCUACAGAAGAUGACUUUGGGGUCUGGGAAGUGAAGACUAUGGUAGCUGUUAUCCUACACCUACUUGAAGGGCCCAAUGGUCAGUUGUUUUCGAAGCCAGAGGCGAUAAAGCAGAAAUAUGAGACGGGCCCUUGCGUUGAUCCUGUGCCCUGCUCCCACAGCAGCAAGGCUGAUGUGGUGGACAAUGAGACUGUAGUACGGGCCCGUGGGUUGCCCUGGCAGUCUUCAGACCAGGAUGUGGCUCGAUUCUUCAAAGGGCUCAACAUUGCCAGGGGUGGCGUAGCACUCUGUCUCAAUGCCCAGGGCCGCAGAAAUGGCGAGGCCCUCAUCCGGUUCGUGGACAGCGAGCAGCGGGACCUAGCGCUGCAGAGACACAAGCACCACAUGGGUGUCCGCUAUAUUGAGGUAUAUAAAGCCACAGGGGAGGAGUUUGUAAAGAUCGCAGGGGGCACAUCACUAGAGGUGGCUCGUUUCCUAUCACGGGAAGAUCAAGUGAUCCUGAGGCUACGGGGACUGCCCUUUUCAGCUGGGCCAGCGGAUGUUCUAGGCUUCUUGGGGCCAGAAUGCCCAGUGACUGGGGGCGCUGAUGGGCUGCUCUUUGUGCGCCACCCUGAUGGCAGGCCAACUGGGGAUGCCUUUGCUCUCUUUGCCUGUGAGGAACUGGCGCAGGCUGCUCUGCGCAGGCACAAAGGCAUGCUGGGUAAGCGAUACAUUGAACUCUUCAGGAGCACUGCAGCAGAGGUGCAGCAGGUCCUUAACCGCUAUGCAACCAGCGCACUCCUUCCCACACUGACUGCCCCGCUGCUGCCCAUUCCCUUUCCACUGGCAGGAGGGACUGGGAGAGACUGUGUACGCCUUCGAGGUCUGCCCUAUACUGCCACUAUUGAAGACAUUCUGAGUUUUCUAGGAGAGGCAGCAGCUGACAUUAGGCCUCAUGGUGUGCAUAUGGUGCUCAACCAGCAGGGCCGGCCAUCUGGUGAUGCCUUCAUCCAGAUGAUGUCAGUGGAGCGUGCUCUGGCUGCUGCCCAGCGUUGCCACAAGAAGUUGAUGAAAGAACGCUAUGUGGAAGUAGUCCCUUGCUCCACAGAGGAGAUGAGCCGCGUGCUGAUGGGGGGGUCUCUGAGCCGCAGUGGCAUGUCCCCUCCACCCUGCAAACUGCCCUGCCUCUCACCGCCUACCUAUGCCACCUUCCAGGCCACCCCAGCCCUUAUUCCCACAGAGACGACAGCACUCUAUCACUCUAACGCACUGCUUCCAGCUGCCAGGGUAUCUGCUGCCCCCGCUCCUCUGGCCUACUACCCAGGGCCAGCCACUCAACUCUACAUGAACUACACGGCCUACUACCCCAGCCCCCCAGUCUCUCCCACUACUGUAGGCUAUCUUACUACACCUCCCACUGCCUUGGCCUCUACUCCCACCUCAAUGUUGUCACAGCCAGGAGCCCUGGUCCGCAUGCAGGGGGUCCCAUACACGGCUGGUAUGAAGGAUCUGCUCAGUGUUUUUCAAGCCUACCAGCUGGCUCCUGAUGAUUACACCACUCUGAUGCCUGUCAGUGACACACCUCGAACCGUGUUACAAGCCCCCAAGGAGUGGGUGUGUUUGUAGGAGAAGAAACCAGGAAGUAGACUGAGCUGAUGUCUCCAACUAACAUGCCUUUCCUGAGUCCAGAGCACCCUCAAUUCAGCGGCUCCUUUCUGGCUUGUCAAAGCUCUCAAAGGCACCUGGAAAAGACAAAGCUCGGCACUACUCUCCUUCUUACCAUGUACCGUUGUUUCUCUGCCUGCUUACCCCAAAGAUGAUGGCUACCUUAUAGGCAGGGCUGGGAUGUGAUGGGACUGCUCUGUUCAUGAUGGCGUGACACCCAGAAAGACUUCAACCUAUCCUUGGCCCUCAAGUACUGGAUUUGAAGGGUGCACAGCAGGCCUGUGUUUUCUUUGUAAAAUGUUAAGGCCUGGUACCUUUAAUAUUUAUAACUUAUAGGAGAAUCAAGAGUCUACUUGAGUCUGAAUAGAGACCCCAAUUCUUUACUGUCUCUAUCCUUGCAGGAGGCAGGAAGAGGGUGAGUCAGCAUCCACCUUCAGGAUACCUGGACCUCAGAAACAAAGUGCCAGGGGUGGUCUCACAAUAAGUAUGCUAACCCCGCUCCAACCAGAGAAACCCACCAGCUGGAUAGGAUGGUUCAUGGCUGUAACCCCAGCACUCAAGAGGCAGAGGCAGGAGGACUGCCUCAAGUUCAAAUCCAAUCUAUUCUGCAUAUUUAGCCCCCUACCACAAACA